AUGACGGCUACUGAAUCCUCCCAAGUGCGCCUCUCGCCUGACCAUCUCGGCAUCGCUCGUAUCGAUGCUGGCGUGGUGCCGGGCGCACUCCAGGCUGCCAACAAACUCCUGCAAAAGAAUCAUGACGAAUGGCACAUGUACUUUCAAGACAUUGCCGGGCACAACCAUAUCCCGCAUAGUUUGCUCACCGUACUGGCCAUGGGUGGGGGCCCCGAGCAGCUCCGACGGGCCUAUGAUGACGGGGAGAUAUUGCAGCGGCCGCUUCCUUCGUUGAUACCAGAAUCCAUUGGAGAAUUGAGCGACCCGCGGGCUUUCUUGUCUCGCAUGGUCAAGAUUCCCGAGUACACCAACUUCCUCGUCUUCUUUGAGCAAGAGAUCGAAGCCAAAGGGUGGAAAGCCGUUGUCAACGAGUAUUGUUUCAGUGGAACAUCUGUUGCGGAGGCUGUCUUUGCUCAACUAUUCGAAGGCCUUUACCACCCAAUUAUUCACUUGGGAUUUGGUGUCGAGUUUGACCAACCCAGCAUCGUCGCCGAAGGUCUGGCCCAAGCGGCCUCCCAUCACCCGGGCCACAUUUGGACCCCAUUCUUCCGCCGCAGUGAAGAGUUGGCCCGCUCAGGAUCCAUUCAGCCCAGGCCGCUUAUUGAACUCUACCAAGCCGUCCGUGCCAACGAGAAGAUCCGGGCGUCUGCUCGUCUGCAAGAUGGACCAUUCCGCGGACAGGGAAUGGUAGAGCGGGCCUCGGAUGAACUUGUCCCUCUAGCUGCUCAGUUCCAAGUGACUCCAGAAACUCUGGAGCGCGCCGCAGCGGAGGUAAUCAGCUGUUCAGCCUUCACGACCGCCGCUCAAAAGCCCGGCAAAACGCCCAAGGUCGACUUUUUCUAUCUGCAUAUGGUAACCUCUGCGUUCUUUGUCCAGCUUCUCCUCAGCGAGGAUUGGAUCUCGAUUGAGAACAAAGUACGUUUGGUGGAGUGGAAGGGGCGUAUUGACCUGACAUGGUACGCGGCCAACGGAUCACCAGAGCUGCAGAAAGAGGUGGUGAAUGAGUAUAAGCCAACCUUGAGUAACGACAUGGAUUGGGCAGAGUUAUAUCGCGCUGCAAAUGAGGUUCACGAUGAUGGCCAUAUUGUGAAGUUCAUACGGGCGCUGAAGAAUGGAGAGGACGUAGUGACUCCGUUUGAAGGGGGGCCAGGGGCUGCAGACUUCCCCGUUCAGGGUGAUAUGUGGCUGAAGAUGGCAAAGUUGUGCUACGAUGGCACAGCGGAAAUCAUUGAUGAGCCAAAUCGAUUGUUGUCGAGGAAAUGGGUGUUUGGUGCUGGUUUCGAUCUCGCGUGGAAAGAGAUUCCAGAGUUGGCUUAG